CGCUGAGCGAACACUGAGCCAACUCUGAGCCGACGCUGCCGUCUUGUCGGAUUAGGCUUAAACCUUGAAGCCAUCGCCGUCGACUAACUCUCGUUUUCCACCCUGGAGCGCACCCUUCUUUUGCGCCCGCCCUGCUUCCGGAACGAACAAAGCAUGGCUCCCCUCUUUGUGUUGGCUGUGGGAAGAAGCCUCCGCUGUCCGCGUACCUUUGCCUUUCCCUCUGCUUUUGAGCUGUCCAACCAGAUACAUGCCGCUCUGCUACUUUCGUGUCUCACAGCGUCAACCACGCCCCAGCCAUUUCUCCACCCCGUCAUCCUUUAUCGCUGCCGGGCUGCAGAAGGGCAGAAGGCGUGCAGCACCUACGUAAACCGGAACACCUGUGAUUGGGUCGAACCCACGUUGGCUCGCUCUGCCUUGUCUGUUCACGGCGUGGCCACCUCCGAUGGGUGCCCACCUCAGCUUUAUCGUGCCACUGGGCUAUCACUUCCCAUGCUUGGUCUGCUUCCCCGCAUGCCCAGCCCUGCUCCCUUUUGCAGCUAUUCCCAAGCCUAUCGGCGGGAUAAACCUGGCGGCCGCAUGCCGUGGGUCCCAAUGACAACAUGUCUCAUAGCCAGCGUGGCGACUGGCCUUGUACUUGAGACAUGCGAGGCGGUGGGCUUGGCGAGGUUGGCGAGGUCAAGUGGAUGGGUGGGAAGCACAGGCAAUUGCCUUCAAGGAUGACGAUCACUAAGAACUGUGGCUCGCAGGUCCGAGUUAAACCGCGUGCCGUCCCUCUCGCGGACCUCUAAAAUGGUUUCUCCCCUCUUCACUCUUCUCGCAGGCCCAAAGGUUGCUGUGUCUGCUAUUAUCCCGAGUCACCCUCCGCACGAAGCACGACGCUGAGUCUUUAGAAUGGCAUUGUGGAAGUGUCUCACCGUCGCC